AUGGAAGACGGUCCUGUUUUCUAUGGCUUUAAAAACGUUUUUAUUACAAUGUUUGCUACCUUUUUUUUCUUCAAGCUUUUAAUUAAGGUUUUUUUGGCUCUCCUAACCCAUUUCUAUGUCGUCAAAGGAAAUAGAAAAGAAGCAGCUAGGAUAGCAGAAGAGAUCUAUGGUGGAAUUUCAGACUGCUGGGCUGAUCGAUCCCCACUUCAUGAAGCUGCGGCUCAGGGGCGCCUACUGGCCCUUAAAACUCUAAUUGCACAAGGCGUCAAUGUGAACCUUGUGACAAUUAACCGGGUCUCUUCUCUCCACGAGGCGUGCCUUGGAGGUCAUGUGGCCUGUGCUAAAGCCUUAUUGGAAAAUGGUGCACAUGUCAAUGGCGUGACGGUUCACGGAGCCACGCCCCUCUACAAUGCUUGCUGUAGUGGCAGUGCUGCGUGUGUCAAUGUGCUGCUGGAGUUCGGAGCCCAGGCCCAGCUCGAGGUGCACCUGGCUUCACCCAUCCAUGAGGCAGUGAAGAGAGGUCACAGAGAGUGCAUGGAGAUUCUUCUGGUAAAUAAUGCUAACAUUGACCAAGAGGUGCCUCAGCUCGGAACCCCCCUGUAUGUGGCCUGCACCUACCAGAGGGUAGACUGUGUGAAGAAACUUCUGGAAUUAGGAGCCAGUGUCGAUCGUGGCCAGUGGCUGGACACCCCCCUGCACGCCGCAGCGAGGCAGUCCAGUGUGGAGGUCAUCCGCCUGCUGACCGACUAUGGGGCUAACCUGAAGCUCAGAAAUGCUCAGGGUAAACGCGCACUUGAUCUGGCGGCUCCAAAAAGCAAUGUGGAGCAGGCGCUCCUGCUCUGCGAAGGCCCGCUUGCUCUUUCCCAGCUCUGCCGCCUGUGUGUCCGGAAGUGCCUGGGCCGAGCAUGUCAUCAAGCUGUCCACAAGCUAUGUCUGCCAGAGCCACUGGAAAGAUUCCUCCUAUACCAAUAA